AUGUCAAGCAAGCUCGCUCUCAACGUUGAAUAUGAAAGUGAUUAUCGGCGCAUUGUUGUCGAGCAGCCUUACGCUACUGUAGCUAUCUUCAAAAAAGCUGUUCGUGAUGAAUUUUCGAUUAAUCAUCCAUUUGUUCUAACUUAUAAUGGUGCUACAUUGAUCGAAAAGCAUACCCUCUUAGAUCUUGGCCUAGAUUCUAGAUGCGAUAUUCGUGUUCGAAGAAAAUCUGUGGAACUAUCUGAAGCAACUUCGACCAGAGAUAACAAUGCGCAUCUAUCAACAAACGAUAUAUUUCUUAGCUACGAAUGGACUCAUCAGAAAGAAGUUAAAUUACUCAAAUCUCAUCUUGAAAGGCAUCAAUAUACAUGUUGGCUUGAUAUCGAGCAAAUGAGAGGGGGUGCUUCUCUCUACUCUUCGAUCGAUCAAGGUAUUCGAGAAGCAAAAAUUUUUGUAUGCUGCAUCAAUCGCAAAUAUGCAGAGUCAGACAAUUGUCGACGAGAGCUCAACCUUGCCACAAAUUUGAACAAGCCUAUUGUGCCGCUUUUAAUGGAAAAAUUACCAUCAUGGCCACCCCAGCGAAUUGGUCCUCUGUUAUCAGAAUAUUUGUAUAUAAAAUUUUAUGGAUCUUCAUCUGGCACAGAUUCUGUUCCGUGGUCUGAAGAUAAAUUUAAUGAAUUGUUGAAUGUACUAACUCAUAUUUUACCACAGGCUAUAUAA